CGAACACUGCGACUUUCGUCCUCCGCGAUUCAUAACACUCAAAUCCGCCGCAAAACCAGCUCCGACUCUAAUGAACAACCUGCUCCUACAACCUUAGACAGUGCAGCAUGUGCUGGCCAUUCCGCCGGCCAUCCCUUCGGCAUUCGCGUACUGCCAAACAGCAGGAUAUAAACCAUUCGUCCCAACGCAAGAGGCACAACCCCAGCAUCAAUGGCUCGCGUGAUUCGUCGCAAACACUGUCGAUAUUGCAAAGGCAGGACGGCGUCGAUGGUGCAUCUACAACCAGACCAUCGAGCCCGCAUCUAAGCUAUAAUCCUUCCCAGAAUACGCCCGAAGAGCAGCCCACAUCCGUACUACAUGAUCACGACGCCUCGAAGCACCACACCACAUCCGAACCUCAGCAGCCCCGGCACGAUCUAAUUCCACAAGGCCCGGCGGAUAGUGAGCUAGAUAGGGAGCUCCGUGCCCUUGAUCUUUAUUAUUCUCGGCCAAGCUGGCGUUUAUAA